AUGACAAAAAGUAACAAUGAUGACAUUGAUGAUGAAAUAUUAAUUCCACUCGAUCGAACACAGAGGAGAUUGAAAGAUUCCGAUCUGGAACAAGCCAAGCUUGUGUACAAUACUAUUGAAAAAUGUCGUCGAGAUACGGAAUAUGUGUUAGAGCAUGAUUUGAGGACCCGAAAAUUAUUGCAAGCGGUUCAACAACAUUGUGAUUCAAGAGUUCUUUCGGAGGGAAUUUUGUUGAAAAAGUGUACGAAUGAAGAUUUUAAUGAAUUUUCAAUUCGAGGUGAAAUGAGUGAACCACAGAAACGAAUUAAAUUAUGUUGUAAUAGACUUGCUGGAAUUCCAGAAUUGAGAAGGACAUUAAUUCAUGAGCUUGUCCAUUCGUUCGAUCACUGCAGAUUGAGGAAAACAAGACAUGUUGGAUGUAAUUUUAUUGCGUGUACAGAAAUUAGAGCAUAUGCUCUUGGAGGUCAAUGUGAUUUACCCGUAGAUUUGGCUAAAUUUGAUGGAAAUCGAGAUGAAUGUAUCAAAUAUUGGGCCACAAUGAGUACAAUACGGAAUUGUGACAAUGGUGUAGAAGCUGUUGAGCGAAUGUUUGAAAAAUGUCACAAAGAUCUUUCGCCGUUUAACUUGGAGGAAAAGCAUUGA